AUGGUUGGCUCCUUUAUCGGCCAAUCGCUGCCGUAUUUCAUUGGUCACUGGCUGUUCCACGCACGUGUGCAAGCGUGGUUGGCUGAGCACCCACGGAACGCUGCUGUGCUGCGAUUGGCUGAGGCUGGAGGCUGGUGGCACCAGUACCGGGUCACCUUGCUGCUACGCUUCUCCCCGUUUCCGUUCCUCCUCUUCAAUUACGCUGUGACGGCUACUCGCAUCCAAUACGCUCCGUACAUCAGUGCGUCAAUGACUGCCAUGAUUCCCGAGGCCUUCUUCACCAUCUACUGUGGUCGGUUGAUCAGCGAUCUUGCAGAGGCCCACAAGAGGCACAUCACAGCGGUGGAGCUGGUGUAUGAGCUGAUAGGGCUGGCAGCAGCAGGAGUGGUGCUACUGCUGCUCAUGGUGCACGGCAAGAGGGCUCUGCAACAGCUGGAGGAGGAGGAGAGAGCCAAGCAAAAGGGGCUUGAGAUGGAACAGAUGCCUGGCGCAGGCACAGAUGGGUUGGGUGCGGUGGAAACGGGUGCUGCUGGUGCUUUUGUUGGGGUGGAAGUGCCUGCUGCUGAGGUGGCACUGAUUGCUGAUGACUCUCAGAGUGCAUUUGGAAGGGAGGGAGAAGCUCAGCAGGGGAGGCAGGCUCAUUGUCAGAGCAUUCAGGUGGAUUUCCCUCUGGCUGUCAAGAGCACACAAGGGGCUUCACAGGCAAACAUGAAUCCCUCUUUGGUGCAGGUCAAGUUCAUCGCUGCAGUGGAAGGCAGUCUGCGCCAGUGGCUGUCGGAAGGCUCUGCUGCCCUCGUGCUGUCAGGAGCGGCGCGGCCAGUGGAGGGCAUGCCGCUGAUGGUGUAUGUGGAGGCAGAGCACGCGCAGGGCCACAAGAACUACCGCCUCACCUACUACUUCCAGGUGACCCUGGCGAGCAGCAACAGCGUGCAUCCGACCGUGGCGGCGGAGACAGCAGCAGCGCUCAAGCGCAUUGCGUCCAUCUCAGCCACGGGCCGACCCAGCCCCUGGGAGAAGGCCGUGCACCCGCUGCAGCUCUGGUUCGGUAUCCAAGAGUUCGUGGUGCUGGCACCCGUGACAGCAUCUGGAGUCGUGCUGGACUCACCUGAAGCCUCCAUGCUCCUUAGCACGCUCGCCAUCGCCUCGUGUAACACCGAGUGCUCCCUGCCAUCCUUCGUCCCAGUGCACGACCCCUCCCGCAAGGCCUUCAUCGGCUUCCAGCACGGCCCCCGAGCCACCCGCACCGGCGCGGGCUCAGGCUCGGGCCGAGGCAUGCGGACAGGUCCGGGUGCGGGAGGAGGCACGGUGGGAGGGGUGGGCGCGGGGGGCGUGGGCGACUAUCUGUUUCACUACGAGGCGGAUCGCAUCACCAGCAACGUGCCGCAGAACCUGCUGUCCCUAGACGGACUCUACUAUCUAUUUGCGUUCAAGCUGAUAGCAGAGCUCCCCAGCACGGUGGCGUCCGUCUCCCCUGACGUCACCGUGGCCAUGCGCAUCCGCUACCGCCUCCGCUACUGGGGCUCCCCGGACGCGCCCCCGCCCCCCAAGAUCCGCCCAGCAGAAGCCGGCACAGGGGCGGGGAGCGAGGAGGGCGGAGGAGGCGCAGGGGGCGGGGGAGGCGGAGGGGCGGAGGAGGAGGACGAGUUCUGGGGGCAGGAGAGGGCGUGGGACGAGGGCAUGGCGUGGAGCGUGUGGCACUCGGUGGAUGAUCCGGUGAAGGGGUUUGAGCUGGUGGCCACGUGGAAGGAGCUCAGGGCGAGCAGCUCGUCGGGCAUGGCGCAGAUGGAGCAGCUUGACGCCACCACCGCGGAUGAGUGGCUGCUGCGCGCGCUGCUCGCCGCCACCAGGACUGACUUUGACAGUGACGACCCUCCUCAGGGCUUUGCUGGGCGGCUGCAUGCACUGCUGGGGGCGUACGUGGUGUCCACCACAGGCCAGUACAUGGAAGACUUUAUAGCGGCUCAGAACUUUGCGCGGCGCAACAACAUGACUAUCCCCCCGCCCAGUGUCAUGGAGCGAGUGGUGAAGGACCUCUUCCACUCCAAGGAGGCGCUGGCGUCUGUGGCGAAGUACAUGGGGAAGGCGCCAGAGCAGCAGGAGGCGAGCCUCUUGCCUGACGCUGACCGUGGCACCACCAUCACCACCCUCUCCCUCCUCUCCCUCCUCUUAUACACUGUCCCCGUCCCCCCUCCUUGCAGAGGAGGCACUGGCGAGGCACUGGCGUCAGUGGCGAAGUACAUGGGGAAGGCGCCAGAGCAGCAGGAGGCGCCUGACGCUGACCGCACCACCAUCACCACCGCCAGCAGCGUCAUCAGCAGCAUCAGCGCCACCGACACCAGCGCCACCGGCAGCGCGGUGAAGGGUCCCGGGGGAGAGGGAGCAGCGGGGGCAGGUGGGGAGGGUGGCGGAGCAGGGGGGGCAGUGGGGGAAGGGGUGGAGGAGAAUGGGCUGAGUGGGAAGUUUAAGGGGGCGACACACAUUGGCAAGGCGGCCCCGGUGGAUUCACUCUUCUCACGCCUCGCGCUGCAUGUGCUGCGCUUUGGCACGUGCAACAUCCGAUCCGUGGCGGCGCUGUGGCUGGAGUUCACCCGAGAGCUGAGGUGGAACUGGGAGCAGGCGCUGCCCAUCCCUCGGGUCAUUGCGGACGGGCCUCCCAACACCGCCACCUGCCUCAUUCACCAGAAGCUGCAGCUGCUGCAGGAGUGCAUCAAGCGGCGGCGCAAGCAGCAGGAGCGUGAGAUGGAGGAGCGCAUGCGCCACGCAGAGCGCAUGCACCAGAUCGCCGCCGCCAAGCUUGUAGGCGAGCGCGUGGAGGAGCUUGUAAGGGGUACAGCGCUCGACGACGGGCCUGCUCGCGCUGACUCGCCGCCAGGGAGGGGCGGCAGGAGGCGGGACAGCGGGAGGGAGAGGGGAGGGAGGGGGAGUGAUAGGGACAGGAGGGGAGGGAGGGAUGAGGAGGAGUGGGAGGGGAUGGAGAGGUCUGGGAGUGAAGGAGGCGGCUGGCAUGAUGGAAGGGCGGGUCGCAGGCGGGGAGGGCGCGGAUGGGAUGAUGGGGACGGGGCGAGCCCGUACCACGAUGACAAGACGGCGUCAGGGGACUCGGACACGCACGGGUCGCAUGACGUGGCGUUCUAUGAUGAGGGUGGCGUGGCUGAUGGCGACUCGCCGUCCCACCGCAGCGAAGAGGACCUGGACGAAUAUUUCAGCGAGAGCGACGUAUCAGACGACGACACGUGGGCGGAGAGGGGCCGCACAAGCCACGGCCUCACGGGGGCGAUGGCGAGGGGGCGGCGCCGCGUGCGGCGGCGGGGAGUGGUGGGGCCGGUGAAGGGCAACAUGUGGCUGCUGCGUGUGAGGAGGCGCAUGCUGGAGCCUCACACACAGGACCCGGUGUUCAUGAGCGAGGAUAUGAUCGAGGAGAAGGAGCGAGCGAUGGAGGCACUGGGGAGCACGCCUGCGUGCCUCCCCACCUCGCCUCCGCACACACACGCCCCUCCUACCCUCUGUUCUCCAGACAUGUCGGCUUUCAAAGCUGCGAACCCCGGGGCAGUGCUGGAUGAUUUCGUUCGCUGGCAUUCGCCCAAUGACUGGCUGCCAAUCACAAGCGCGGAUGAGGGCUCUGAUGACGUGGACGAUUACGAUGAUGAGUAUGACGAUGGGGGUAGGCGGUACGGGAGGGAUGAUGAUGAUAGGUAUGGCCGGGGCGACCGGUAUGAGGAUCGGGAUGACAGGUACGGGAGGGGAGGAGGGGACAGUUAUGGUAGGGGAGCGGAGGAGAGGUACAGGAGGGAUGAUAGCCUGAGGGACGAGAGUGGGAGGUACAGUGACAGUGGGAGGUAUGGGGAGAGCGGGAGGUAUGGUGAUGAUGAUUAUUCAGACAGGGAGAUUGAUAGAGAGAGGGAGAGGGAGAGGGAGAGGGAGAGGGAGAGGGAGCGAGAGAGAGGGCGAGACACUGAAGAGAGUGAUAUUGACAGGGAGGUGGAUAGGAAGGGUGGUGGCAGGGAUAGGAGCAGGGAGAGGGAGGGGGAGAGGGAGGAGGGCGGAGUUUAUGGUGGCAGAGGCAAGACUGCAAGGGAGGGGGACUCUGAUUUCGACCAGGAUGCAACGGGUGCUGGGAAGGAGGAGAAGGAGAGUUCUCCUUCUCGCCGCCGCAGCAGCAGCAGCCCCAAAAAGGACAAGGAGGAGGAAGAGGAGGAGUUUUUUGAAGCGGCUCAAGAAGAGAAGACGGAAAAGGCGGGUGAUGGUGAGGGGGAGGCAGUAGGGGCGGGUGAAGAUCCUGGGAAGGAGGUUGGUGUUGAGAAAGGGGAGGAUGGGGAGAAGAGUGGCGAGGAAGAGAAGGGUGAGGAGGGAGGGAAGAGUCUGGGGGAUGGUGGGAAAGAGAUGGAGAAGGAGGAGAGUGUGAAAGAGAGUGAGGUUGAGGGUGGUGCACGGGAUGAGCCGAGGGUGGAAGAAAGUGAGAAAGCUGCGGAGAAAGGAGAGAGGGAGGAGGAGAGGGACAACAGCGAUAGGGAGAGGGAGAGGGAGGAGAGCGACAGGGAGAGGGAGAGAGAGGAGAGCGAUAGGGAGAGAGACAGGGAUAGGGAAGCGCUCAAGGGGAGGGAGGAGGAGAGGGAGAGGGAGAGGGAGAGGUACCGAAGCCCAGAACCUGACAGUGACCCGGAGAGGGAGAGGGAGAGAGAGAGGGAGAGGGAGAGGGAGAGAGAGAGGGGGAGGGGAAGGGGCAGUGGGAGGGGGCGAGAGGACGGGGAGUACAGUGACGACCGCGAGGAGUGGGACGAGUUUGGGGGAAGUGAGGGGAGUAAGGGGAGUGAAGGGAACAAGGGGAGUGAAGGGGAGUUAAAGGGUCGGAAUCACGCUGGGGGCCGGCUGUCAGAGCGCAUGGAGGAGGUGCAUGGCAACCUGUGGCGCGAGCUGUGGGACAGCGCUGAGCCUGAACCCGCUCACGAGCAGCGCCCUAUCUUCCACUUUGACCUCGAAGGCGAGAAGGUGAGGAGCGUGAGGGGGAGUGUGGGGAACUGGGGGAAGAGAGGGGAGCUGCUGAGGCAGCUUCUUGACAUGCAAACACAACGCCCACCUGAUUCACCCAUCCCAUCCCCGUCUUUUCACCCUGCCCACAUUCAACCCCCCUCCUCACCCCCCUUUCAGAUCCUGCACUAUCUGGACCCGGUGGUGCUGGAGGAGCUGCUGGGGCAACUUCCGUAUUCGGCUCAGGAGUCCCCUUCCCCGCACUCUUCAUCCCCUCUUCCCAUCUUCCCCACCUCCCACAUUCCUCCCUCCCCCCCCCCCCAAUCAGAUCCUGCACUAUCUGGACCCGGUGGUGCCGGAGGAGCUGCUGGGGCAGCUGCUUAUUGGGGACUCAGUGGGUGGGAUUGGGGAUCUGGUGUCGUGCUGCUGCUGGGCCGCCACCUGGGCGGACGGGAGGAGCCUGUCGCGGAGCAGAGGCAGCGCGUGGCCGGCAUGGUGUCCAGCAUGUGGCAGUGGCUGGAUGACCAGAGUGCUGGCAGCUGUUCUGAUGAACGAGUGGAGGACCUGGAGGUGUUACUGAGGGCGUUCACGUGCAUGGAGGCCACAGCCAUGGUGGCAGCCCCAUGCUGCUCCGAUGAGCGGGUGGAGGACCUGGAGGUGCUGCUGAGGGCGUUCAUGCGCAUGGAGGCCACAGCCAUGAGUGCGGGCAGCUGUUCGGACGAGCGAGUUGAGGACUUGGAGGUGCUGCUGAGGGCGUUCACGCGCAUGGAGGCCACAGCCAUGGUGGCGGCGUCGCUGUGGAAGCGCCUGCAGGGCUGCUCGCGCCUGGUGGCCAAGCUGCUGUCUGAGAGGGCCCUCAACGCCACUGAUGUGCCGUCCGUGCGCUUGCUUCCUGCUCCCAUCCGUCUUCCGCACCUGCCGGAGCCGGACAGUCGAACGGACGAAUGGCGGGUCGUGGGCAGGCUAUGGCAGGAGAAGGAACCCUCUGGCAGCAGCAGCAGCGACAGCACUGGAGCAGCCAGCAGCACCCCUGGCAGCAGCGGCAGCAGCUCUGCUGCUCCACCCCUCCCCCCUGCUGCCGCCAAGGCUUCCGGCGGUGGGCGGCGCAUGGGGAAUCUGCUGUACCGUCACGAGCCGACGGAACGUGAGGUUAUUUUUACGUCGCCGGCGUUUGUGAUCUUCAACACGGUGGAUGAGGAGGAUGCGGCGACGGGCGCUGUGGCGUCGAGGGACUCGGUGGAGAUUGUGAAGCACCAGCUGUAUGCCAAGGCGAGCUUGGAUGACCUCACUCUUGCGCUCAAGGUUGCUGCGCAGGAGUAG